CGAACCAUCAUCAUGAAGAGGAAUAAUGCAAAACCACAAUCUUACAGUUCGAGUCAUGAAGAUAGUGAAAAUGAGUCUGAUGAGACUGAAGGCAGCAUUGGUAGUAACUCUACAGGAUGCACUCAGCGCAGUGAUACACCUACCAGUCGUGGUAAAGGCAGAAGAAAAGGACGUAGACGCAGCAGCAAACCUUCAAAGCUCAAACCAGUUGUAGAAAAAUCUUUGUAUAAAUUUUGUCACUUUGUGAAAGAGGAUCACAAUCAACCUCUUUUUAGUGUACAGUUUAAUCAUCACCUAAAGGAAGGUGAACCCAUGGUGUUUGCCACAGUAGGGAGUAAUCGUGUUAGCAUUUAUGAAUGCCCCGAAGAAGGUGGAGUGAAAUUACGACAAUGCUACGCUGAUCCUGAUGCAGAAGAAAACUUUUACACAUGUGCAUGGACCCACGAUGAUUCUGGAAAGCCGUUACUAGCUGUAGCUGGUUCUAGAGGUGUCAUACGUAUUAUCAGCCCAGUUACUAUGACUUGUGUUAAACAUUACAUUGGGCAUGGUCAUUCUAUCAAUGAACUUAAAGUUCACCCACGUGAUCCAAAUCUCCUUUUAUCUGCUUCCAAAGAUCAUGCUUUACGCCUAUGGAAUAUAAAAUCAGAUGUGUGUGUUGCAAUAUUUGGAGGAGUUGAGGGUCAUCGUGAUGAAGUCCUUAGUGCUGAUUUUGACAUUGAAGGAUUUCGCAUCAUCUCAUGUGGUAUGGAUCACGCUUUAAAGCAGUGGAACCUUGACAAGUCUGAAAUGCUUGACGCCAUUAAGCGGUCCUAUACUUGGAGUUCUAAUCGUCGCCCUUUUGACUCUGUACUUCAACAUUUCCCUGACUUCACGACUCGGGAUGUUCAUCGCAAUUAUGUCGACUGUGUCAAAUGGCUUGGGGAUUUUAUUCUUAGCAAAAGUUGUGAAAAUUGCAUCGUUUGCUGGAAACCAGGAAGGCUGGGUGAAACAAAAUUGCGCCCAAAUGAGACUAGUGCCACUGUAUUGCAUAGAUUUGAAUUUAGCCAAUGUGACAUCUGGUUCAUUCGGUUUUCCAUGGACUUCAAUCAAAAGAUUCUAGCCAUGGGCAAUCAGGCAGGUCGCACAUACAUCUGGGAUCUAGACGUCGAAGAGCCCAGUCAAGCAAGAUGUUUUAUUUUACAACACCCAAAGUGCACAUCUGCAAUCAGACAGACCAGUUUGAGUAGAGAUGGAAAGGUACUACUGUGCGUCUGCGAUGAUGCCACUGUUUGGAGAUGGAAUCGCGAUAUGAGUGUUUAGAAAUAAUGACUGAAUCUAAAAACAAGACUAAAAUGAUGUUAAAGUUUGUUGAUAUCUAAACAUCUAAACAGUACUUUAUUUACUGUGAUAGUUAUUUUAUACAUUGUCCAGUAUGUGAAUGAAUUUUAUCAAAUCAGUGACAAUCAUGUAUUAUAAAUUUAAUGGCGUGCAGUUACUCGCUAAUUAACUUGAAGACUAAUUGAGGAGUAAUUAUUAACACUUGAUUACCUAGAAUUAGAAAUAUUUAUUUGUAAAAUAAGUUACUACCGAUUAAGUUACAACAGUAGGUUAAAAAUAAAAUUAGUAAUAAUUUUGUACUUGAAUGAGUUGUAAAAUGACGACAAAUUAGUUUUUGCUCAGGAAUCUCAUGAUGAUUGAUGAUAAAUCAAUAAAAAAAAAUAUUGUAGAUGAAUAAAAGAUAUACAACUGUCAUAUAGAUAUUUUCGUUUGUAUUUAAAAAAAGUACAAGUUCUGUAUUGAUGAACUCGUCGACGAGUUCGAUUGUACAGUAUAAAAUAAGAAAAGAAAUAAAUUUUCACGAGAUAUUUUACAACAAAUA